AUGAGCGAGCUUAUAUCGACAGCUCCAUUGUACACAAGAGAUCGGGUCCACCAAACGAAAAUAGGGAAUAUUCUGUGUACUGGGAAAGGCUGUAUUGGCUGUGAUAGAAAGUUUCAGACUGGUGAUCAGGACUUGUCGGAAAUUUUAGGCGAGGUCGAUUUGGUGGAUUUUGACAAACAAGAGCCUCGGUUUUUACCGACUUCUACCUGUGCAAGAGGAUUUUCACAUAACUACGACAAACACAAUGACGGUCGGCAUGGAAACACCGCAUUGAUGCGAGCUAAAACAAAGAAGGGAAAACUUCUCAGCAGAUCGAAACUUCGAGUGCAAGAGCGAAAUAUUACCAAGGAUGGUGUAAAAGUUAAAGAAAGAGAUUUUCAGUCCGCUAAAAAUAAAAUGAGUAGGCCAGAGUCAUUAGCUGUUGAUCAUAACACAGAUACUAAUAGACGUUGUUACGGAAAAAUUGUGAAGACUUCGGCUCAGUCAAAUCACAAAACAAUAAGAAAUAAAACUGUAUCUUUUUCGGCCCCUCUUGUUAGGCAGGGUACGUUUACUCUUGAAGUUAGUGAAACUGGAAAAUCAGAAACGAGUCAAGAACGUAGAAAUAAACGAAAACAAUCGACUGCUCCUCUGCAAACCAAUGGUCAUCACUGGAGAUCUCGGUCUCACCUCUCGAUAGCGGAACCAGACACAAAUUUCUUGAAAGUCAGGCAGGGGACGUCCACUCUUAUAAAUGGCGAGAAAGGAAUAACAGAAAAGAGCCAAGAACAUACGAAGAACCGUAAACAAUCGACUGCUCCGCUGCAAACCAGUAAUCAUCACUUGAGAUCGCGAUCUUACCCUUUAAUGCCAGCACCGAAAACGAAUUUCUUGAAAAUGCUUCAUAACAGCAGUGUAGGAAUAUUUGACAUCAAGUCAAUGAAAAGCAAAAAGAAGUCUAAGUGGGUGAAAAAAGUUUUGAAAUCCGGAGUAAAAGAGGAAGAGAUAUUUCCUCAAAUUGAAGGUAGGAAAACCACGAGAGGCGGCAACAGAAACUUUAAGACAGCGAGAAACAGCCAAGAGGAAAGCACAUCAAAUUUACCUCAGAGACCUAACGAAAAAUACAGAAACAAGGAAAAAGACUUAAAAAAUAUAUCUUCGAAAGACAAAGGGUUUUCAGCUUCGGAAGAUGAUCGUCAAUCUUCGGUUCUUGUGAUUGAGCAUUCCCACGACGAAAUGAACACAAAAGAUGAGAGUUUAUACAAGCUUGGUUUCACAGCACAACGUAGUGAAAGAAAGAAGAACUUUCCCGACGUUUCAAUACUAGAAAUUGCCGAAAGUUUGGAAGGUUUUGUUCAGCUGGGAGUUAUAAAACUUAUCUGUCAAGAACACGAAGGCUGUUGGUAUAUUAUAGUGAGUGGCCGGAUUAUUCGUGAUUUUCUUGUUCAAAAUGGCGUAAAGAUGCGUGGCAGGAACUUCCAACUGAUCGAUUGUACAAAAAACUCAUAUUAA